CGCCGCCCCUGACCACGCCCCCGCGCCGCCCCGUGUCCCUCGGCGGCCGCCGUCCCCGUCCCGCGAUGGCGGCGCGGGGCCUGUCGAAGGCGCAGUACCUGCAGCGCUACCUCAGCGGCCCGCCCGCCGCCGCCCAGCCCCGCCGCCGCCGCAGGAAGAAGCCGCCGGGCGCCGCCAGGGCCGGGAUGCGGAUCGUGGACGACGACGUGAGCUGGAGCAGCCUGGCCGCCGGCGGGGAGCAGGAGGAGGAGGAGGACGAGGGCGACCUGCCCGUGGUGGCAGAGUUCGUUGAUGAGCGUCCCGAUGAAGUAAAGCUCAUGGAGGAGUUCCGAACAAAUACGAAAUGGAAGCUUCUAGGAGACCAGAAUGAAGACUCCCAGAGUUCGGACAUCUCAGUAGCUGCCAAAUCUACCACAAGGCGACAGCGCCACGACUCCCCAGACAACACGCCACCAAGGCAACUGCGGCAUGACUCCCCGGAUCUGUCUCCUCCUAGGCGAGAGAAAAACAAUUCCCCCAGCCUCUUACCUCCCAGGCAACAGCGCCACGACUCCCCCGAUCUCUCCCCGCCGAGACGGAAGCGCCACGACUCCCCCGAUCUCUCCCCGCCGAGACGGAAGCGCCACGACUCCCCCGAUCUCUCCCCGCCGAGACGGAAGCGCCACGACUCCCCCGAUCUCUCCCCGCCGAGACGGAAGCGCCACGACUCCCCCGAUCUCUCCCCGCCGAGACGGAAGCGCCACGACUCCCCCGAUCUCUCCCCGCCGAGACGGAAGCGCCACGACUCCCCCGAUCUCUCCCCGCCGAGACGGAAGCGCCACGACUCCCCCGAUCUCUCCCCGCCGAGACGGAAGCGCCACGACUCCCCCGAUCUCUCCCCGCCGAGACGGAAGCGCCACGACUCUCCAGAGCCAUCACCUCCCAAGCAACAGCGCCACGACUCCCCCGAUCUCUCUCCUCCGAGACGGAAGCGCCACGACUCCCCCGAUGUCUCUCCAAAGAGAGUCAGUUCAGCAAUGGGAAAAAAGGGCUGCAAAACAACGGAAAAGUCACUGUCAGGGGGGAUGCAAGGAGAGCAACCUCAUCUCCAGCAUGGCUUCUCUGACAAGUCCUCGUCACGUCAGAAGCGGCAGGCUACUCCAGAUCUGUCCCCGCCACGGAAGAAGAGAGACGAUUCUGACCCGGAUUCAUCGCCACGUCGGCAAAAGAGGUCUGGGUCACCUAGUCAGAAAAAGCCGAGUAGAACAAAAGGUGCUUCCCCGGACACGAAAAAGCCUAGGCACGUGCCCUCGCCUCAGAGGUGCCUGAGGCAUGGCUCCGAUUCGCCGCCUCCACGGAGGGCCACCCGCAACGCCUCCGAUGCAGACCUUUCUCCCCAGCGGAAGGAUCGCAGGACUCUGCCCACUGGGAAGGAUCAGCAGAGCUCGAGGAGUCCCACUGAUCUCUCGCCUCAUCACCACCGUGACUCCAAGGGAUCUCCCAAGAAGGCAAACAUGAUGAUGUCUGGGGUCAAAGCUGGCUUGGUGUCGGCUGAUGUGCUGCGGAGGGAGCAGCAAGAGCUCAAGAAGCGUGAGAGAAGUAACAAGCGCUUGGAAGAGGAAUCCCGGCACACUGAAACCAUCUUCCGAGACAAGUCAGGCCGCAAGAGGGACCUUGCGCAGGAACGACUUGAGCAGAAGCAGAAAGAUGAAGCCAAGUCCGAGAGAGAUGAACAGUACGCCAGAUGGGGAAAAGGGCUAGCACAGGGGAGGCAACAGCAGCAGAAUGUGGAAGAUGCAAUAAAAGAGAUGCAGAAGCCACUGGCCCGUUAUAUUGAUGAUCAGGAUCUGGAUCGAAUGCUGCGAGAACAGGAGAGAGAAGGAGACCCCAUGGCUGACUUCAUCAAAAAAAGGAAGGCCAAGGAGAACAAAGAAAAGAAAGAAAAACCUAGGUACAAUGGACCAGCACCUCCACUCAACAGAUUUAACAUAUGGCCGGGGCAUCGCUGGGAUGGCGUGGACAGGUCCAAUGGAUUUGAGCAGCAGCGCUUUGCCAGGAUAGCCAACAAGAAGGCGGUUCAGGAGCUUGCGUACAAGUGGAGCGUUGAGGACAUGUAGGCAGAAGAAAACCAUGCAGAACAGCACGCCUGGACUAGAGGGCCACCUUCUACCGCUGCCGGGGCCGUAAGUAGCGGCUCCCUCUGCCUGGACCAAGCGCUGCCCUCAGCGUAUCCCGGUGGGCCGCCUGCCAAGAGGCAAGGCUGCAUUUAGAGGAGAGCUGCUGAAAGAGGAUUUCCUGCCAGCCAGCGUGGACUAGCGUGGAGAGCUGCAGCGGUGCUACGUGGGGUGCUGCAGUGGCCGAGUGUGCUGGAGAGGCGCAGUGGCUGCUGCCUGCCGCUGCUCUCUGGCGCUCCCUCGUGUGGUGCUGCAGACACAGACUCCUGGCCUGUGUAUUCCUCGUCUAACAAGCUGUAGAAACUAUGCUGAAUUGUUUUAUGCCAAAUGCUUUGUCCUCUGAAGGUGGUUUACAGAUCUUCAGGUGUCUUAAAUCUCAGGGUUUUUCAUGGUGAAAGUAUGCUGAGAACUUGGUCGCUGGAGAGUUAACCUCAUCCAGUAGGUCAGUCUGUUCCAGUCGUGGUUGAGUUCUUCCAGAGAGCAUCCGUGCCCUAACGCUCAGUACUGUGAGCUGAUUUGCCUCUGGGCUCCUGUCAGAUCUGCCCCCAUGUCCUUGCUAGUGAGCCCAGGGGGCUUCUCUUCAGUUUUGUGCAGCUAUUGUGCCCGCUAGUUCACGGAGUCAUCGGCUUGCAGUGAAAUUAGUAAAGCAGAGCUGCUCCUUGUCCUGCUGGAGUUGUGCCAGGCGGGUUGGUCUGUGGCAGGAAGCUGCUUGCUGUGUAUCUGUCGCUCUGGUUCUACCCUGGAAGAGGCUGAAAGAACAACACGCGAUGUUAUACUUGAAGGCAAAAUCUUCAGAAGCUCCAGCAGCUCCUUGGGGGUCGAUUUCUUGUGGAAAUAAACAUGCAGAGGCCGCUUAAACUGUUUCCCCUGACCGUUAUUUGCUUCAGAGUAGCUAAUGGUCAUGGAUGAGUCCCCACAGAUGUUUCUCCGGACAGUGCUGCUUGGCACUUCCUUACCACUGCUGCCUGGGGGCUCGCUCCAGCGUGGGACGUAACCCCUCUCUUGUGAUCAGAGUUGUCGGGCUUGGAGCUGGAGGCCAGGCGGAGUGUUUCGCUCAAACCCUGCUUGCGAGAAAGCACUUCUGGAAAUAAAUACAGUUGUUCUUGUUUACGUCCCAGAGAGCAUGUAUUAACUGCAGCCAGCAGUUUCCAUGGAGAUGCCUUGUCUUCAACAGUGAUCAGGGGCCAGUCAUCAGCAUUGCUCUUUGCAGCGAUUCGCGAGCAGUAGGAGGGCUGUGGGUGAGAAUAUAAUGACAAAGUUUUCUCUGGAGUGUGUGAGCCUUGAGACUUUCUUCCCUGUUUUUCAUUCCCUGUUAUGUUUCUAGCCGUCCUGAAAUCUGUAUGUACACUUGUAAAUAACAGCUUUCUUUUUUUACUUGA